GGACAGCAUCAGCAGCUCGGGAGCUCAGAGAGCAGGGAAGUGGAGAUGGAUUGAGGAGUUGAGGAACAAACGCAAACACACACCCCACACACUGCUCAGCAACGGAAACCCAAGCCCAAGCGCAGCCAUGCAGGAGUCUCCAGGAUCUAUAGGUGUGGAUGGAGGCUAUGCCAGCAAUGUGCCUGCUUUCCUCACCAAGCUUUGGACCCUGGUGGAGGACCCGGAGACCAACCAUCUCAUCUGCUGGAGCACCACUGGGACCAGCUUUCACGUAUUUGACCAAGGCAGGUUUGCCAAGGAGGUUCUGCCUAAAUACUUCAAGCACAACAACAUGGCCAGCUUUGUACGCCAACUGAACAUGUAUGGCUUCAGGAAGGUGGUGAACAUUGAGCAGAGCGGGCUAGUGAAGCCAGAAAGAGACGAUACAGAAUUCCAGCACCUCUACUUCCUCCAAGGUCACGAGCAUCUGCUGGAACACAUUAAACGCAAGGUGUCCAUAGUGAAAAGUGAGGAGACUAAGGUUCGGCAGGAGGACUUGAGUAAACUUCUGUAUGAAGUGCAGGUGCUGCGCAGCCAACAAGAGAACAUGGAAUGCCAGAUGCAAGAUAUGAAACAGCAGAAUGAGGUGCUGUGGAGGGAGGUGGUAUCACUGAGGCAGAACCACACGCAGCAGCAGAAAGUGAUGAACAAGCUGAUUCAGUUCCUGUUCAGCCAGAUGCAGCCCAGCACCCCAAGCGCUGUUGGAAUGAAGAGAAAACUGCCUCUUAUGUUGGAUGAUGGCUCCAGCACUCCUCCUGCUUCCAAAUUCAGUCACAGUCACUCCAUGGAACCAAUGCAAGAGCCCUUCUAUAUCCAGUCGCCAUCCACAGAGGCUGCCUCUUGUUCCACUAGCAGCACAAUGACAGGAGGACCAAUAAUCUCAGAUGUCACUGAAAUGUCACAGCCCACUGCCUUGGCUAUGCAAAUGCAGGCAGAUGAGUCGAGGGAGAAGUGUCUGAUGCUGAUUAAGGAGGAGCCAGUGAGUCCAGGUGUGCGUGGGCGAGGUGAGGGCAUGCCACUUGGCUCCUGCGAGGUGUGUGCUGAACCUCCCGUCCUCCCUGUUGCCAUGGUACAGUCCGUCCUAGAGGGUCGAGGAUCAGGCUCUGGCGAGAGAAGGGCCAAGAGGAGCAUGAUGGACAGACCAGAGAUGUCUGAUGCUGUGGAAAAUGUAGACAUGAGUCUGGAGGAACUACAGCUUCUCCUGAGGAGCCACCAACAGGGUAUGGAGCCCAGCACUGCUGCUAUAGAUCCAUUCACUUUUAGCUUGCCUGUGAACGAGUGGAACUUCACGGAGAUGGACCCGAAUCUCAAAUCGGAGUUGGCUAACAUCCUCAUCCCUGCUGCUAUGUCCCAGUACAUGUUUCAAGGCCAGGAGGGAGAGGCCUACCCCACUGCUGGCUGUGAGGAACAGUGAGGGCCUGACGGUGCAGCCGGCACAGGCUACUCCUCCUAGACCAUCAGACCUUGGUGAGCGCAUAGCCUAUGGUUGGCAGACUGUCGCCACAUCCAUUCAGAAUAUAAGGCCCAAAGCGAUUUCAGGGUCGUGAUUGUGAAAGCAAAAAGGUGUCUUGGCAGUCAAUGGUUUACUGGCCAGAGCUUCACACAGAGAUCCAUAAUCAGCUGUGGAUUACAAAAGCACAUCAUGAAAUUUUGAACUGAUUAGUCUGCUCAGUGGGAUUCAAGUGUUUGCAGUUGGAGAUUUGCCAUUAAAGCGAGCGUCUGCUUGAACAAAACAGAGAAGAUUAAAGCCAGUGGUGGAGACAGCUUCCUGGAUUUUAGAUUGCAUCAAAACCUUGUGAGAGAUCAAUAUCACACUUCCACUGAAAACUGCAACACUUCAGUCAAAUCUUUGAGUGGUGGUGACCAUUUCUCUGCUGAGGUAACCACAUUUCUGCCAUUAUGAAGGGGGAGUAUAUGCAUUAUUGCAUAAAAAUGUGGCCCAAGUUUGAAUGCACUUUAGUCUGUGUGUUGGAGUUACUGCUUGUGGA